UGAGAGAGCAGAAGCAGGUGCAGUCUGCUUGGUAAUCCUCUGCUUUAAUUUCUAGGCAGAAACUCAAGAAAUGCUUUUCUAUUCAUAGUGAGAAGUCACCAUCUGUAUAGAUCUAUUGAAGUGUAGUUUUGGCGUGGAAGCUUCGAGUGUUGAAGUACAGAAUGGCUCUGUGACCUGGGAGGGAAGCUGGUGUGCUUUUAUUUCAUUUUGGAAGGCGGAGCCUGGGACUGACAAGUGACAUCCUGACAUCCAGGAAUCCCAAACCCAUCCAGCAUCCCAAACCCGGAAUGACUGGGGAGAAGCUGCUUUGGUUGACAGUCCAUGUUCCUGCGUGCUCCUUAAAAGGUAGCGCUUGCUUUUGGGACAAGGCUCUUCCUCAGUGGAUCUCAAACCGCUUUGCAAAGUCUGGCAAGCUUGGAUUUGCAGCAGAGUAGUCUAGACCAUCGUGAGAACUGCUGCGUGUGCUGUUAGAGUUUAACAGCGAGCUACGGUGACAUCAGAACGCGCUGUCAACCGCGUGAUACGGCCCCGCUUGCUGGGGUCACGGUCCCACCGCUCUGCCAGCGGAAUGGUUUACACAAGGGCAGGAAAAUCAGCAAAGUUACGCGAGGUAGGGUGCUUUAGCUAACCGAGGUGCUUCGUCCUCUACUGAAAGUGUCUCUCGUUUCAGAUGCCAGCACCUCAGCCUAGUCAGUCCAGACAGGAGGGCUGAGCCUGGAUCCGUUCUCUACUUUUGAGGUAGAUCUGGGACACGCCACCUCUCCUACCCCACUCCGAGGAGUCAUGGAGGACAAACGCAACAUCCCCAUCAUCGAGUGGGAGCACCUGGACAAAAGGAAAUUCUACGUGUUUGGGAUUUGCAUGACUAUGAUGAUCCGGGUGAGCGUUUACCCCUUCACGCUCAUCCGGACACGGUUGCAGGUUCAGAAGGGCAAGAGCCUAUACAACGGGACUUUUGAUGCUUUUGUGAAAAUUCUGCGGACAGAAGGGACAGCUGGGCUCUACCGUGGCUUUUUGGUCAACACUUUCACCCUGAUCUCUGGACAGUGCUAUGUGACAACGUAUGAGCUCACCCGAAAGUAUGUGUCACGGUACAACAACAACAACGCUGUGAAGUCUCUGGUGGCCGGUGGCUCAGCCUCUCUGGUGGCCCAGAGCAUUACAGUGCCCAUCGAUGUCAUCUCCCAGCAUCUUAUGAUGCAGAGAAAAGGGGAAAGCAUGGGCAGGUUUAAGGUGCAGAACCAAGAUGGCAAGCGGAUGUUGGUCUUUGGCCAAACCAAGGACAUCAUUGUACAGAUUUUCAAGGCCGAUGGCUUUCGAGGCUUCUACAGGGGCUACGUGGCCUCGCUGCUCACCUAUAUUCCCAACAGUGCAGUCUGGUGGCCCUUCUACCACUUCUAUGCCGAACAGCUUUCGAGCUUGACUCCUAAAGACUGUCCCCAUCUCCUCCUGCAAGCUAUAUCGGGGCCGCUCGCAGCUGCGACAGCUUCCACGCUCACCAACCCCAUGGAUGUCAUCAGGGCUCGGGUUCAGGUGGAAGGCAAGAGCUCCAUCAUCCUCACCUUCAGACAGCUCAUGGCGGAGGAAGGGCCCUGGGGCCUGACUAAAGGCCUCUCUGCUCGCAUCAUCUCAGCGACUCCUUCCACCAUCGUCAUCGUGGUGGGCUAUGAAACUCUGAAGAAGCUGAGCCUCCGCCCGGAGCUGGUGGAUUCGAGACACUGGUAGAGGCAGCUGCUGCACGUGAAACCUUCGUUGAACCCGCUGAAUUUGGACCGUCACGGUUGAAAGCUCAGGAGAGGCAGCUGCCGUCUCCUUUGUCUCUAGCUGGUUUCACAGUACGAGGCAGAAGCAAGAGCAACUGCAAUUCACCUCUUUAGAUUUGAUUGUGAUACGAUGCUCUGCUGCUGUUUCUGCUUAAAACCAUCAAAAUGUGACCUUUGGCAAUGUUGUUUGCCUGUGACAGUUCAUUCAAAAGCAGCCAGGUGUGUGAAUGCAUCCUGGCAAGUUCUCAAGUUCUUAAUUCCUUUUUUUUUUUUUUUUUUUUUUAAAUUAAAGACUUACUGGCUGAAGCAAAAAGCCAGUUUAUUCUUUUAAGUUAUUUUAAUUUUUGCCAGACUUCCGAGGAGGGGAGUCUAACAGGCUGCAGCAGAGCCCUCUGGUGGGUUGGGUGCUGAUUGCAGUUGUACUGUGGGAAGCUGGAAAAAUAGAGUAGACGAGUAAACUUCUCCAAACACCCACAUUUAUUUCUAGAAGAUGUGAGACGAGAGUAACCUGGAGCCACUUAAGACCUUAUUUACUGCGUUUUGAAUAGAUCUGUACAUACCUUUUUUUUGUAUGUUCUUGGAAAAUGUUUCCUAUCUCUCAUCCUUCAAACAGCAAGCUGGCUGGUAGGCAGGUUAGGAGUUGAGCUGGCUGUUUGUAACUAGCUGAUGGCAAUUUUGACACCUAACCUACGUUUUUAAUCUGUUGCUAUUUAAUUUUUUUUCUUAUUUUAGGGAAGCUUAUUCUGAUUUCUGGGGGACUUGAGUGGUUGUUCUGUGGCCUUGUUCAAUGUGAGUGUCAAUACUGCAUGUUCAGGGUGGCCGCUGCCACUUCCCACCUUUAGUUAGUUUAAGCCCAAACAAAAGUGUUUGGAAGUGUCAGGUUGUUGUGCUGCCAGCAGCCGAGAGGAGAGCCGAGUGUGAUUAGAGCUCCAACUGGAUGUGAGGUGGAGAAGAAGAAAAAUGCUCGUACUGGCUUUUGAUCCAGUUCAAACCUGAUUGGCAUGUUCAUAUUGAAUAAGAAGUAAGGUUCACUAAUACUUUGUAAGUUUAAAUCCUGCUUAUCCUGUUUGGGAAGGGCAAGGAUGAUUCUUUGCACACUCUUGCUGGAUCAAAACCCUAAGCUGUGGUCUAUGCUUUUUACCAGAUGCAAACUUGCACUCGAGCGAUGAAGCAAGAGGCUGCUUCUUGGGGAGGAGGAAGGAAGGAAUAGUUUGACUUCCCUCUGCUGGUCUCAGUAUUUGAGAUCUGCCUUUCCUGGUGCCACGUGUGGUGCUCACCCCGGGUAGUCGUGUGUCCAAGAGAGACGCCUCCAAGUAACAGACGUAUCAGCGCCUCUGUCCAUCUCGCUGCCCUAACGAGGGAUUCCUGGUUGUAGUCUUGAUCCUGCCGAACUGUGGCUGCUGCCCGUCGUCUUUUCCACCUGGGACUUGCUAAGCGUGGUUCUUACCUUCAUCCCGACGUCUGCAGUUCAGCCCAGGCAGAGACUGGAUGUGCCACAGUUUCUGCUGGAGGUGGAACAAGUACAGACAGAUGCUGCUGAAGUGGGAGAGGGACUUUUAUGUUUAAGGCACAGCUUGGUUACAAGACACAGUGCUCUUUAAUGGGGUUGCAGCUGAGUCAUCAAAGGCCUUUUAAUCCCACCUUUGUUUUUCACAGCGUUAAAUGAGGUGAUGUGUGCCUGCGCCACUGACAGAGCUGGUCAAGCAGCGCAUGCUGCAAGCGGCUCUUCUGUCACGAUUUUGUUGUUUAAAAGACAAAACCAGUUGGCGGAUUCUGCUCUAAAAAGUGGAACAGCCGCAUCACAAGGUUGCGAGGAGGUAUCCUGAGCAUACGGUAGCCCCGUUCGCACACGAGGCCAGUAGUAAUACCAAUAUUAAAAGAAACAAUAAUAACCAGCCUCUGCUGGUUACCAGCAGGGUAAGUCUUGGUGUGUGUCGCAGAAGUGGCAGACGGCACAAACGUAGGGAGACGCUCUCAAGCUUAAUAUUCCUCUUAACCAGCAAAGUUCUUGACAACUAAUAAACUUCAGAGACCUUCAAUUUGACGCCUGAGUUUAAAAACGCAUUAGUCUGGGUGAGUGCAUUUUCCAGGGGAGUCAGCCAGCUUCUGUCAUUUCACAAGGCUGUGUUCUUGGUUUUAGCACUUCGCCUUCUGAGGAGCACUAGGAGGGACCUGACCAGCUGAGCCUGACUGAAAAAACAGGGACAGUGACAGCGCACAGAGCUGAACAGCCUAGAGCAGGUGUGGUACUGGAAACCAUGGAUUAAUUGCAAGUCCAGAUCUUCCUUUACAAGCCGUGGUUAGUUCUGGUUAGCUGUUACAGUCAGCAUCUUGACAAGGG